AUGAACAGAGAUACAAGAAUACUGUACAGACAGAGAGGAUCUAACUUAAGAAAGACCAUUGAUGAGGAUAAUGUAUUAGUGAUCCGGACUCCUAUGAAACUUACAGACAGUCCCGAUACAUACAAUAUAAUAGAUACAUAUCGUAAUGACUCUACGGGAGAGCCACCGUUGAAGCGAUCUCGUAUGGAUUCAUUACCGCCACCACCACCGCCACAUAUACCGAUGGAUCCUAUGGAUAUGCCACCACAAGAAACAGAAGAAGCAUUACCUCCAAUAGAUGAUUACGACUAUAAUGCCAACGAUAACAAUGGAUUCCAAAUAAAUUUGACUAAUGAUCAUAUUAAGGAACUUGUUGUACCAUCCCGACUCCCACCACGAAGUAAAUUCCAACGGAAUCCACUUGGUAACCAAAUGAUAACAUUUGAUGGCAACACGAAUAAACAACUUAUGACCUCUGAUCAAACGUUAAAAGGGAUCGAUACGUUACAAAGAUUGAUCCACUUCUUGUUUCGAGAUAAUCUAAUGAAAAAGGCACAUCUGGAUUUUGACAAGGAUGAACAUGAUGUUGUACGUCGGAUGAUGUAUAAAUUAGAUCUUAAAAUAUUUGAAAAGAUAUUAAAUGGUAUGAACAAUGAUCUUCGGGAUAUUAAGGAUAUUGAUUCUGCUAACAAUAGACUAUUAACGGAAUUAAAGCGUGUCAUGAGACGUAAAGAAAGCUUGAACCUAGAAUUAAUUAAAAUUAAAAGUCAAAUCACUGAAGUGAUGACAAAUGAAGAAUAUUGGCAUAAGAAUAAACAAGAACAAAUACAACUAGAUGAAAGAUUGCAAUUGAACAAAAAUUUGAAGCAAUUAUCGCAGAAACUUAAUACCCAACCAUCAGGGAACAAUACUGAUUUCAAAUCUGUCGAUAAAUUAGAUACCGUGAUAAAGUUAUUAGAUCCACACCAAGGUAUCCUUCCGAGACUUGAACGUAUCAAUGAGAAGUUACGAGGACAACUCAAAUAG